CCAACCAAAGAAUUACAAGAAAAACGAUGUCUUCUCUUUGACUUGUUGGAGUUGCAGAGCUAUCCAUGCCUCCUCAACAAUGAACAAUUAAUUAAUCACUUUCUUCUCUGACGAUAUCCGCGUUGUAUGUACUUCCUCAUUUUCUUCUUUCUGCUCUGCUCUGGAUUCGAUUGCUUAUUGGGUUCUUUAGCACAUAUAUUUUGCUCCAGGUUUAGGGUUUUUCAAUCUUUCUUUGCUCUGUUCUCGAACUGAAACAGAGAAGAAAUGUCUACUCUUUCAUCCCUCUCUACUGCGACGUCACUGUCUAAUAUCCCCAAAAUGGUACCUCCAAGGGGGAAUACACUCCUCAAUCUUCAUCUCCCAUCCUCCCAAUUUUGCCCUAACUUAAAUUUCAAUACCAACAGAUCUCUUUUCACUCUAUUCACCUCCACCCACAAACCCCAAUUCCGGUGCAAAUCUCGCCCUAGGACUUCCGUUCAAUGCCUUUUCACUGGCAUUGUUGAAGAAAUAGGCCGUGUUAAACACUUGGGUAUUGCUGAACAUGGGGGAUUUGAUUUGGAGAUUACCGCCAAAACUGUUCUUGAAGGUGUAAACCUUGGAGACAGCAUUGCUGUGAAUGGAACUUGUCUUACUGUGACUGCUUUUGAUCACCAACUAUCAGAAUUCAAGGUGGGGUUAGCGCCUGAGACGCUCAGGAAGACUUCAUUGGUGGAACUCACCCCUGGUACACCUGUGAAUUUGGAGAGGGCGGUUCAACCAAUCAGCCGAAUGGGUGGGCAUUUUGUGCAGGGGCAUGUGGAUGGGACUGGGGAGAUAAUAUCAAUGGAUCCUGAAGGGGAUUCGUUGUGGAUUAAGGUGAAGACAUCAGAGGCUUUGCUCAAUUACAUUGUACCAAAAGGAUUUAUUGCUGUGGAUGGGACUAGCUUGACUGUGGUGGAUGUUUUUGACGAGGAAAAGGCUUUUAACUUCAUGUUGGUUGCUUAUACUCAGAAAAAUGUGGUUAUUCCAUUGAAAAAAGUUGGGCAGUUGGUGAAUUUGGAGGUAGAUAUUCUUGGCAAGUAUGUGCAGAGACUCCUCAGCACUGGUGCCAUCAAUCCCAUCGAGUCUCCAUGAUUACAAAGCCUGGAAAAAAAAAGGUCAAUCAGUUAGAUCAACAGCUCAAAGGACAGAAUUUUCUCAUCAAGUGAAGAUGAUGGAUGCCACGUUACCAUCUUUAGUCCCUGAACUAGAUGGAGACCAUAGAAGAAAGCGUAUAUUGUAUUGUGAUUGGUGUAUAUUCUGUUUUACAGUGGAACAGUUACAACUUAGUGAUUCCGGGCUUCAACUCUAGGAUGGAUGAUUAGCUUAUUCAAGAUUUAGGUGAAGGGUUUAACGUGCAUUUUUUUGCCUAGCUUUGAUAACUGAACUACUACUUUUUUCGGUGUCCGUUCGCUAGAUGAAUACCUGCAGUCUUCUUUCCA